UCGACUUCCGGCCUCCCUCCGGGGAAACCCCGCGCCGAGCGGAUAUAGCGCCCUCUCCUUCCGGCGUGGCUCCUUUCCGGCCGUCGCUGCCUCCACGCGGACAUGCCUCUCGCAAAGGACCUCUUGCAUCCCUCCCCUGAGGAGGAGAAGCGGAAGCACAAGAAGAAGCGCCUGGUCCAGAGCCCCAACUCCUACUUCAUGGACGUCAAGUGUCCAGGUUGCUACAAGAUCACCACGGUCUUCAGUCAUGCUCAGACGGUGGUUUUGUGCGUUGGCUGCUCAACUGUGCUCUGCCAGCCCACGGGCGGGAAGGCUCGGCUGACAGAAGGAUGCUCCUUCCGGCGAAAGCAGCACUAGAUGCAGAAUUGGAUGGUUGUUGCCCGGCGGGCGGGGCUACAGGCCCAGGGUUGGCCGCCAUGAUGGCGCGCGCUCUCUCUCUCUCUGGGAGGGCACAGACAAGGUCCCAAGACACCCAAGGCCAGCCGCAACAGAGCGGAUCAAACCGCGGCCGCCUCUGUCCUUGUAGCCUCGCCCAUUUGACUCAAUAAAUUUUGGAUAUAAAGACAA